GAUAUUUAGAAUGCAGUAAAUGAAUACACUCUGUCCUCACUUGUCUGUUUGCCGCUUUUGAAAUUUCGGGUCUUCCAAGCGUCAUGCAUGCAAAGCAUGAAAUUGAAGGCCCCCUCCCCACAUACGUUACUUUACUGAAUGUUAAUUUGUUCCUUUCUGCUACCUUCCCACCGCCUCUCCUCUGUAUAUCUAGAUUGAACCAAUCUGUAGAAAUCAUAUGAACAAAAAAUCCUAGCUUAUUGGGAUUAUUACACACUGUUUGAGUUUCUUUUUAAUAUUAUAUGUGAGAUAAUAAGAUACGAGGUUUUUAUGUCUCAAAUCAUGAAUCAACAAGUAUGGGUAGUGCUCUGUUUUGUACUAGUCUUCAUUAGGUUGGGUAAAAUUAGUUAUGGGAAAGAAGAAAUAAAUGCUCAUCAGAGUUUCAUUGUCAGAAUCCAGGAUGACUUGAAACCGUCCGAAUUUACAGAAUCUGAAGAAUGGUACAGUGCCACUCUUCGAAGCCUGACUACUGUAAAUCAAUUAAACGAAGACGAAGCAGGACAACAACAACAACAAACCGAUGGAAGGAAAUCCAGAGCAGAGUUUCUCCACGUUUACAAAACCGUCUUCCAUGGCUUCUCUGCAAGGCUCACUCCAGAACAAGCAGAGGAGCUAAAGAAUCGUCCCCAAGUUCUUUCGGUUUUGCCCGACCGAAUUCGACAACUUCAAACAACCAGGUCCCCUGAAUUUUUAGGAAUCACAUCGGAGACCCCGAAUGGGAUUUUAUCCGAAUCUGAUUCGGGAUCGAAUGUGAUCAUUGGAGUGAUGGACACCGGAAUUUGGCCUGAACGAAGGAGUUUCCACGACGAAGGCCUUGGUCCGGUUCCUGCCCAUUGGAAAGGUGAGUGUGAAGAAGGCGAGAAUUUCACCAAAAAUCUCUGCAACAAGAAAAUCAUCGGUGCCCGGUUCUUCUCAGCCGGUUACGACGCCGCUCGCGGCGGCGUAAUCAGAAACAAUCACACCGCGGACCUGAAAUCUCCGAGGGACACCGACGGCCACGGCACACACACGGCUUCUACGGCCGCCGGAAGGGCGGUUGCGAACGCGUCUCUGCUCGGGUUUGCCGCCGGAGUUGCCGUCGGAAUGGCGCCCAAAGCACGGAUAGCAUCGUACAAGAUCUGUUGGAAACGUGGCUGUAUGGAAUCUGAUAUUCUUGCCGGUAUUGAUAAAGCUGCAGAGGAUGGGGUGAACAUAAUCUCAAUCUCCGUUGGCGGUGGAACCGCCACCUAUAAUCUUGACCCGAUUGCAAUUGGAUCGUUCGGGGCGACGGAGAAGGGGAUUUUUGUUUCGGCUUCUGCCGGAAACGAAGGCCCGACCAGUUUCACGGUCACCAACGUGGCUCCGUGGAUUACUAGCGUCGGCGCUAGUACAAUUGACCGCAAGUUCCCGGCUAACUUGGUUCUGGAAGACGGUCAAAUUUUGAAAGGCGCUUCAAUCUUCCGGCCAAGUCCCGGAGCAAUCUCGAAGGAUUUUUUGCCAUUAAUUCACGCAGCUAAUGCCACUAAAGAUUUAAGCCACGGGCAAGCUGGUGGGUCAUUUCCAUUUCCUAGCUUUUCCGCGGCCACUUGUGGUGCAGGGUCACUGGAUGAAGAGAAGGUUAAGGGAAAAAUCGUGGUUUGCGACCGGGGCGGAUCUCCGAGGGUGGCUAAAGGAGAAGUUGUCCGGUUGGCCGGCGGAGUCGGGGUGGUCGUCGCCAACGUUGCGCCGGUCGGAGAAGGCUUGGUUGCCGAUGCCCAUCUAAUUCCAGGUCUUAAUUUGGGUGAAACUGAUGGUGAUAAACUCCGAGCAUACACCAAAUCAAACCCGAAUGCCAAAGCCAAAAUGGUUUUCCAAGGAACUGAAGUCGGUGUCAAACCCGCCCCGGUUGUGGCUUCCUUCUCAUCCAGAGGACCCAAUGAGGAGUCGACCUAUAUCUUAAAGCCGGACAUCAUAGCGCCCGGAGUGAACAUCUUGGCAGCCUGGCCGGAAAACGUGUCGCCGACCGAGCAACCUUCCGAUUCCCGACGAACAGAAUUCAACAUAGCUUCAGGAACUUCAAUGUCAUGUCCACAUGUAUCCGGGAUAGCGGCUCUCCUGAAAGGCGCCCAUCCGGAUUGGUCGCCGGCGAUGAUCCGUUCGGCCUUGAUGACGACGGCGUACACUCACGACCUGGACGGUAAAGCACUGUUAGAUGAGAAAUCUUAUCGGGAAUCAAACGUUUGGGACACGGGCGCCGGGCAUGUGAACCCGGAAAAAGCACUUGAUCCUGGUUUGGUGUACGAUCUCACGCCCGAAGAUUACAUAAACUUCCUAUGUGCAUCUAACUAUACACCUACAGCAAUCCGAGAAAUCACCCGAAGGCCAUCAAAGUGCAAUAAGAAGAAUCAAACCAAACGUUGGGACAUCAACUACCCGGCAAUCGUAGUGCUUUAUACUGAGUUUCUGGCAAAUUCAUCAUCACCAGGAUUUGAUCUCACGGUGGUUAGAACAGUGACUAAUGUUGUUGAAGGUAAAUCCAGCUACAAUGUGAGUGCAGUAAAUCCCAAAGGCGCAAAUGUUACUGUGAAUCCAGCCAGGCUGGAUUUUAGUGCAAAGGGUCAAAAACAGAGUUUCCAGGUCAGGAUCAGAGCGCAAAAGUUAGAGGUCAGGCCUGGAAGUCCAGUGACUGAAUGGGGAAAGAUAACUUGGUCUGAUGGAAAACAUCAUGUAAAGUCACCCAUAGGUGUGGUUUGGGUAGAAGGGUUCUAAAAUUUGCAAUGAAGGUCAUAAGUGUUGUUUAGUUGAUCUACAUAUAUUUUUUUUAUAUGAUUAGCAAAAAAUGCAAUCAAGUUACAGCUAUAAUCCUGUGUUAAAGUAGGAAAAAAGAUGAUAUGCAAUCACAUCAUCUUAAUGAAAGUUGAAGUUGAGUUCGGACUUGAACUCUGUUUGGAAUUUUCAUAUAUUUAUGUACAAGUGA